ACCUCAGAGACGUCAAAACCCAUGACAAGAGUUGUAUUUUACUCUUCUAAGGAUAUAGUGUCUUGACAGUCAACACAUUAGGAUAAAAUCACCUGCCAAGUAAAACAAACAGGAGAGAAAUCGGGAGAGAGAGGCGCAAGCAAAGGAAGCGCGCUGCCUUUGAGGACUGUUACAUUUGUAUCCGUUUUGUGAGUUACAUUUUAACAAGUCUUUUUUUUUUUCUCUCGUAACCACGUGGGCAACAAGCAGAGUUCAUGUGUGACAUAUACAGCCUGGACUCUCAGUGCGUGUCUCCACAAUGCAACAUGAGUUGGGGGAUGGAGUCUGCUAACUUCUACGAGAACAAGCUGAGCGGGCUGCAGGCGGUGUGCAAGCCGGGCAGGAGUGAUGCUGCGGCGGAGGACCACAACACCAUGGCCGAGCUGAGCACCGCCACUGCCAUGUACGACGACGAGAGCGCCAUCGACUUCAGCCAGUACAUAGAGUCCAUGACAGCGGUGCCAAACCUGGAGCUGUGCAACGACGAGCUCUUCCUCGACCUGUUCAAUACUGUGAAGCAAGAGAAGGCGGACUUCUACAGCAUGCCAAACUCGGUGUCGGUAUCCGGCAGCAUGCAACAGCUGUCAAGCAGCGCAGGCUACGCAGCUGGGAGUCAGAAAGAGUACGAGAGGAAAGCGGAGGUUGGCUUUGACAAGGGGGUGUUCAGCGCGCCCAUCAAGCAGGAGUCCGACUGGAGCGACAGCGACAUGUCCUCGUCCCUGCCGUCCCAGAUCGAGACCUGCGCCCAGACCUCCGUCAGCUUGCCCACGGGACAGCCGACACCCCCGACCACCCCAGAGCCCCUGUCCGCUGUCAGCUCCGCCAGCUCCUCCCCUCGGAAGAUGGGGAAGGAAAGGGGGAAAAAGGCAGUUGACAGGUUCAGCCAAGAGUACCGUCAGAGGCGAGAGAGGAAUAACAUCGCCGUGAGGAAAAGCAGGGACAAGGCCAAGCAGCGCAACUUGGAGAUGCAGCAAAAGAUGAUUGAACUGAGCGCGGAGAACGACAGGCUACACAAAACGAUCGAGCAGCUAACCAGGGAGCUUACAGGACUGAGAGAUUUCUUCAAACACCUACCCAACUCCUCCUUUGUGGGCUCGUCAAGCGCAGAGAGUCGGUGACAAAGUUAAACCUGUUGCCUCUAUGAACUGAGCUUUGCAAGACAUACCUCAAACAGACAUUUCGUUUUACCAUCUGUAACAGAUGUAUUUUAAGCUUAACCAUAAUGGCACUGGAAAUAUUUGACGUUGCUGCCAUUUUUUGUGGGAUUUUUUUUUUCUAUAUUAAAUUAUUUUACCACUGCAUUUACAUGUUGUUAUACCUGAUAUGGUACGUUUUAUAAUUCCAAACUUUGUAUGAGAGCCAUCUUAUACAAUCUUUUAUAUAGUUUGUAUGAAACAUUUGCUUAUGGAAUCUAUAAUAAAAUUGCUGAAAAG